AAUGUCAUUCGAUUGUUAAGUUCCACUUUUUCUUUUGCCUGGUGAAUAGUUUGUAUCGUGGCCGUCGCAUUUCGAUUUAUUGCAAUUAGUUCUGUUUUUUUCGAAGCAAAACGAAACAUGCACUACGUUAAAAUGGAAGAUGGCAAAGUAAUGCCAAUUCAAGAGAUGCUGAAAAGUAUUGAACGAUACAAUCCCGAGCAUCUCAAAGUAAUUGAAACAUACGUCGAAGAGCAGGCUCGCGACAAUCAGUACGAUCUCGAAGCAAAUCUGGCCUGCCUGAAGCUGUACCAAUUCAAUCCCCAACUGAUGAAUUUGGAUGUCACCUAUACGAUCCUUCUCAAAUCGCUCACUAACUUCCCGCACACCGAUUUCGUUCUGUGCAAGUGUUUGCUGCUUCCGGCCCAAAUGAACGAUGAUACGGUGAAGGAGAUCAUCUACUUAGCCGAUAUCCUGGAAAAGUGUGAUUUCACCUUGUUCUGGUCUCGGGUGGCAAAUAAUCCACAGUUUUUCAAGAAGAUCACCGGAUUUUACGAUUCAAUUCGGAAGUUUGUCUGUCAUGUUGUGGGUAUUACGUUCCAAUCGAUCGAAAAGGAGUAUCUGGUGAGGCUUCUCGGGGAUGUUGACGAUAAUGUCCUGCGUGCUUGGGUCAAUAAGAAUGGAUGGAAGGAAGAAGGACAAUACGUAACGGUUGCCAUGCAGGAGGGCAACAUUAAGACGAAACACAUUACAGAAAAGAUCGACUUCGAGAAUCUUGCACCUCUGAUGGCCAAUUGCUUGUAAACAUCAGAAUUUACGUACAGUGGUCAUUCCUAGAGUAUAAGUCAGGUCGGGUCUAUUGUUGGACCUAAUAAAACAUUCAGAACAACAUAAA